GGAAAGGGGACCGUACACAGGACUUAUUCCAUAGGGACUGUGCUGGGCUGACCCGUGCAGGAAUGACCCAAUGGAUCUACAGACAGACAACAUGGCUCUUAUUCUGGAAAAUGAGCAGUUCUUCAAAACUUCUUACCAAGAAGCAGAAGAUGGCUUGAUACCUGUUCCCAUUAGAGUGAGACCCUCCUGGCAAGAUGUGAAAGAUGACAAAUUGAUGAAGACGACAGGCGACAGCUUUCUGGUGACACCAGAUCGGCUGAGACUGACAGCGGCAGAGAAUGGUCUGAAUGAUACACAGUGUUCUGAAGAAUGGCUUCUCUAUCAUGGUAUAGACUCCAGGCAUCUCACCAUCCAAGAUCUACUAAACCUGGGGAGCAUUGUCAUGAAACCAUCAAGAAAUGCAGCCAAGCAAAUUGAACUAACUGCAGAGACCGUAAAUGAAUUUGAAUUGAAAAUUCAGGAGGCAAUCGAUUACUUCCAUAGACGAAUUCACUGGUUAAUGGAAGGCAGCAGGAAGAUGUUUGGACUUGUUCUGGGGAAAAAUGUAGGUCUGCUGAUCGAUUCAUCGCAUUUAAACUGCGGUCCAAGGAGAAUGGAUUUCUUAAGAGGCCUUUUGUGCCUUGUAGAUGAGCAGCUGUGCUACAAAGACAAGAUUUUUCUGAUGUCGUUUGGAACUGAUGUCUCGUGUCCAUGGGAAUAUCCAAAAGAUGUCAACAUUCGUGUAUUACAUGAAGCAAGACAGUGGAUUCAAGAGACGCAGCCUCGAGGUGGCUGUAACUUACUCCUAGCAUUACGGAAAGCUUUGCAGAUCCAGGACCUGGAUACUCUUGUGGUUAUCGUUAGCAACUGCCCUGACCAGACAUCAGAUGUCCUUUCUGACUACCUGCUGCAGUGCACUAUGGGGAAAAGUCUUAAAAUCCACCUAGUUGCAUUUGAUAGCAUUGGGCAGGCUGAUUUACAGGCAGUGGCUGAAUCAGUUGGAGCACAUUUUCAUUGCUUCUCUUCAUGGAAAGAGGAUGAAAUUUAUGCAAGCACCGAUAUUCAGUUAGUAUUCAAAGAGGUUCAGAAAGCAGUAGGCAUCUUGAACAAGAUCAAGGAGCUGCGGCAAGGAAAACUGGAUGACACAUUUAUCAGUAUAAUACAAAAGAUAUCAACUGAGGUUGCCAAAAUACCUCCCUCUGCAUUUCUUCCAAAACCACCCAAUCACAAUGCACCACUGAAUAUAAACAUACCCAAUUUUUCACCCAGAACAUCUGCUGAAUGGCUGAAGAAAAACGGACUGAAAGCCAAAAAGAUGACCCUCUAUCAAAUACUAGCUCCUAAUGCAUAUUCCGCGCUGGAGGAAUUUGUGCCCAUACUUCAAAAAACGGUCUCAUCUACACUUCUCGAGCGAGCAAUGAUGCAGUUUGAAUGGUAUGAUGGAACAGUUAAGAACAUUCAUGUGGAUCUCCCAGUGCUUUAUGAAUACCAGAAAAACUUAGCCAAAGUGACACGGACCUACGAGAAAAGAAUAGACUGGCUCACAAAGGGAAGCCGAAAAAUGUGGGGAACGGUUUGUGAAAAAAGGGUUGUGCUGCUUGUGGACUUAUCACUUGAGAACGCCUUGCACACUAUACAUAUUCAGCACGCUCUGCGGCUUUUACUGGAGGAACAAAUGGCAAACAAGGAUUUAUUUAACAUUAUAGCAUUCGGGGGUGAUGUACACUUUUGGAAGGAAAGAAUGGUUCCCACAACAUCUGAAAAUUUGCAGAGUGCAUGGAAGUGGGUUCUGACUUUGGAGUGUGAAGGCAGCAGAAAUACUCUCGGUGCAAUUAAAGAAGCAAUAGAGUGCAACUUCGUUGAUCAGGAAAACCAAGAAUCUCAGGGAAUGUAUUUAUUUACUAGUGGCAUUCCAGAUCAGGAAGUGAAUGCAGUUCAUGCCUACCUGUCAGAGGCUGUCAGCGGAUGUGAUCUGCAGCUCCACGUCUGUCUAUUUGCAACCAGUGAAGACAGUGACAAUGACAGAAGUGACACAGCUUGUGUCCUUCAGGACUUAGCUCAUGCCACUAAUGGAAGGUUUCAUUGGUUUGAUGACAAAGGUGUGAUUGAAAGUGAUGACAUAAGUUCACUUGUUUCUGAGAUGGAGAAAGCAGUUAACUUCUCUAAAAAGUGUGCCUACUUGGUGGAAUCAUUAAAAUACCGCACAAGGACUAAAGAUGAAAGCCUAACUCCUGCAGACGCUUCUGCAGUUUUGUGUGAAAAAGAGAAGCAGAAACCGAAAAAACUCCCUCUACCGAAACCAACAGCUCUGACGCUUGCUAGAAUGGGUAUUAGAGAUGAGGACGAAGGAAAGAAGGAUGCCAACAUGAAAGCAUUGAUGUGGCGACCAAAUAGUGCCAAGGCUGAUAUUCCUCCAGCUCAAGCUUUAAAAGAUUGGACCUUUUCUUAUGACAAGAAGGUGAAACUAAGGAAACAGCAGAAACCGUCCAUCAGUUCCUUUUAUACUGAAAAUGGGAAGGAUAUUGGGGUGGUGUACAAAGAUUAUCCAAAGACCAAGACUGUAAGGAAGUCUAUCCCUUUUAUUGUGUUACCUAAGGAAGAAGAAGUCUGUUCUACCAAAGUGUGGUUAAAGAAGUUUGGUUUGAAGAAGCUGAAGUUGGAGCUUACCAAACUGGUGUUUGGCCCCGAUUGCACUCACCAGAAAAAGCUGGUACCAGCAUUACAUAAGAAAGUCUCGGCAAAGUACUGCACCAUUUUCCCAAGUGUGGAGAUCAAUGGAAUUGUGAAGCAUCUUCAGUUUCAGCCCAAGGAAUUAGAGGAAUAUAUUGAACAAUUAGAAAAAACUUUAAAGCGCUACAUUCAACGGCUUCAGUGGCUUCUUUCAGGGAGUCGUCGACUGUUUGGCACUAUAUUGGAGAACAAAGUGUGUAUACUUAUUGAUGCAUCCAGCUCCAUGGCUCCCUUUUUGGCAGAACUACAGAAGGGGUUAAUAUCACUACUGUGGGAACAACUAAAGCCAAGAAAUAUUUGGUUCAAUAUGAUAAGCUUUGCUGAAAACAUUGAGGCAUGGCAGGAGUGCUUGGUGGAGGCCUCUGAUGAAGCUUGCCAAGAUGCAGUGCAAUGGCUUUCCAGGCUACAGCCCCGGGGAAACACCUGUAUUCUUCAUGCUUUGGAGAAAGGUUUUGCUUAUCCAGAUGUACAAGGCGUCUACCUCCUGACAGACGGGAAACCAGACGUUACCUAUAACCUGUUGCUAGCAGAACAUCUUUUAAAGUCUCACAAUAUUAAAGUGCACACUGUUUCUUUUAAUACUUCAGAAAGAUCAGGAAAUGAAUUCCUGAAGCGGUUAGCCACUCUGUCUGGAGGGAGAUACCAUUCUCGACAUGGGGAUAUGGAUGGACACUACGUUGCACACAGGAUGUUGACUGAAGGCUUCACCGAUGAAGAUGAUCCAGUCCUCCCUGUGUUUGAAGGAGAUGAUUUAAAACGACUUGCAAAAGAAAUAGACACAGCUCGCCACUUUGUCACCCAAGCCAGAUCUUUCCAGUCCCUGAUAUUGGAAAAGCAGAACUCUGCCUCUAGAGACGUGUUCUUGGAAGGAAGUGAUGUUUCAGAUGAAAGGAAUCGGAUCACUCCAGGAAAAAAAAAUCACUUAACCAAUCAGGCAACAUAGAAGAAACUGGAAUUUUAAAUGUAUAAAUUGACUGUAUGUAAAUGUCUCUCAAUCAAACCUUUUCCCCAAAACUGUCGGUACUUAUGUAUUCUGAGAUCUCUUAUUCUUGGAGAAUUGUCAAAUAUAAUUUGUUAAAGAUAUACCGGUACAUUGAUUUUAAAGGAGUUUUCUGAA